CCUGCUUCUAACUCUCCCACAAAAGAAAAGAAAAAUAUAAUGGGUGGAAGCGUAGUGGUCGUGAUUUUUGAUUUCGACAAGACCAUUAUCGACUUGGACAGCGAUAACUGGCUUGUGGAUGAGUUGGGUUUCACUGAUCUCUUCAACCAACUUCUUCCUACCAUGCCAUGGAACUCUGUCAUGGACAAGAUGAUGAAUGAGAUCCACGCCAAGGGGAAGAAGAUUGAGGAGAUUGAAGAAGUUCUCAGAAGGACGCCGAUUCAUCCCCGGAUAGUUCCUGCCAUUAAAUCAGCUUAUGCUUUAGGGUGUGAAUUGAGAAUAGUGAGCGAUGCAAACCUGUUUUACAUAGAAACAAUCUUGAAACACCACGGCAUAAGCGAAUGCUUCUCGGAAAUCUACUCAAACCCUGGGUAUGUGGACGAGGAAGGCAGGCUAAGAAUCCGCCCUUACCACGAUUUCCACUCUUCUCCCCACGGCUGCAACAAUGUUUGCCCUCCCAACAUGUGCAAGGGUAAGAUUAUAGAAAGGAUUGAAGGGUCGUUGGGUAGGGAAGGGAUGGGGAAGAAAAGAAUGAUCUACCUUGGUGAUGGGGCUGGUGAUUUCUGCCCCAGCCUGAAGCUUAAAGAGGGAGACUUUGUGAUGCCAAGGAAAGAUUUCCCAGUCUGGAAACUCAUAACCGAAAACCGGAUGCUCUUCAAGGCUGAGAUUCAUGAAUGGAGUGACGGGGAAGAACUCGAGCGCGUCCUGCUUCAUCUCAUUAACAAGAUCUGCGCAGAAGAAGAGAGCCAAUUCUUACCUGCCGCAGCUGAUGAAACCAAUUCCAAGUUCCAGACCACUCACCAGGCCUUACCUAAAGCUAUCCCUGUGCCUUUUUAGUGCACUAGCUUAGCCCGCCAAAUUACUAGGAUAGCUAUCCUAGUUCGCCCGGCCUCAUGGACCAAUGUUGUAGCACCCAUGCUUUACUUACUCAACUCAAACAAUAAACAGCCAUGCAAGCUGAGUAGUCAGCGUGCAUGCAUGUAGGUGCAUGACAAACCUUUAAUUAAUUAUUGCCUAAUGUGUUAAUCGCCUAUUGGAAUGUUAUCUGCAUGCCUAUCUCUUAA